GCGUACAAAAGAAAUGAAAAUUUUGUGCAUUUUCAAUCACUGUAAUCCAAAGUUUAUAUUAAGAAAUCCUGAAACUGUGCACCAUCAUACAAUCAUGACAAUCUUGUUUGAAAACAAUGACAAAGGGACUUUUCCCUCUGCUGGAAAUUAUAUGUUUAUUGAACAAAUACUUACUUUUGAGAAAAUGCACUUACUGGUUUGCAAAUAUGAUUUGAGAAAUGCUCCAAAGCAACUGAGGAAAAACUGUAACAGGAUUAAAAGAAUUCCCCACAACUUUACACUGUCCACCAGCCUGGACUGUUGAUAUAAGGCAGGUCAGGUCCAUGGAUCCAUGCUAUUGGUGUUAAGUUCUGACUCUACUGUCUGUGUGCCUCAGAUAGUAUUUAACUGUUCAGGAUUGAUAAAUCUGCAGCUAGUUUAAUGCUCUUGGCUGCCAGAAAUGGAAUCCAACACAGUCUUCUGUUGCUGUCACUCAUCUGCCUCAAAGUUGUGCCAUUCUGCCAUGCUUUCUUGCUCACCACAGCUGCACAGAGUGAUUAUAUCAAAUACUAAUGAGCUAAAUUUCUCUAUGCUUGUUUCUGUUUGGCCAAUGUCUGUUGAGCUCUAAAACAUCUGCUCAAUAGAUGUUGUUCUUUAUCGCAUCAUACUGAGUAAACACUAGAGACGGUUAAUAAAUCGACUCAAUACAUCAGGCAACACUACAGAAAAUACUCAGAAUACUCUAAAUCCAAACCAUGCCAUAAAAACCAAACACAGCAAAACACUGCAACUGUUUACGCCUUUAAUUUGUCACGGCACCUACAUUUAUUAUUUAAGAGAAUCAGUAUGCAUUCCGCUUAUUAUCCUCAGCAGGACACCUCAACUUUAUAUCACUAUCUUACAUGUCAGCAAACCUCAAACUCUGCCCACGUUUUGCACAUCUUUAAAUAAAACAAGCAAAUUAAAACCAUGACUUCAAACCAAGAAUGAAAUAAAUACACGUAAAUAUAUAUUUUGCUCACAAUUAUGAUAUAGGCUUCUUCACUAUGCCUAAAUGAAUGCAUGAAAACACAGCAACUAGAUAAACUUGAUUGGAUUGUAAUGAAUGCUUUAUUUAUGAAUGAAAUGUUCUCUAAUAGUGUUUUUACAGGUGUUUGUAAGUGGUAUAAAUGCACUGAAUAAAUCAAUGAAACAAAAAUAAAACUGAAAACAAUAUUGGAUUUAAUAUUUUGGAUAUUUUCCCAUCUCUUCCUUUAUUUCCUUUUAUACAUUAUACAUCUUUCAUUUUCCUAUAAACUUCUUAUCCAUAUUUUAUUAGUAUGCAAACUCCUUAAUACUCCAGUCUAAGCUCUAAUGAGUCUGAUAAAAGGGAACAUAAAUGGAGACGGUUUAUUCUUACAAAUAAUUAGAAAGAAAAUACAUAUUUUCCCAAAACCCUUUUCCCAAAAAGGUUUUUAAUAUUUUAUAUAUAUUCAGAUUUUCAGUCGAUGCAGAAGCUCGUUAGCUGAAAUCACUCUAAUUGGACUCGAGAGGACGCGGCGCUCCAUCGCAAAUGAAUGCAGGCAGUCAGCUGAGGGGGGCAUGAGGGGGCAUGGGGGCACCUGUCAGUCACAGCGCGCCUUUAUAACGGCGCACAGCCCGCACCCUCCGCGAAUAAAAACCCGUGUGUCCGAGGAAGUACAAGCCACGCGUGAUAGAAACUUAUUCACAGACGACUUUUUUCCUCCUGCGGAAAUGGAUAAAGUGCAGGAAGGGAACUCCAGCGCGCCAAACGCCACCUUAAACAGACGCUCUCCAUUUCUGGAGAAAGGCGCAUACCAGCACCUGCAGCAGGGCGACCUGAAGGUGUUGGUGCCGGUAGGGCUUGGGGUCAUCUCUGUGCUGGGCUUCAUUGCGAACGCCACCGCGGUGGGAGUGCUGGUGGGCAACGCGCGCAAAAGCAAGCUCUCCCUGAUUAACGCGCUCAUUCUCAACCUCCUGAUGGCUGACUUUCUGCUGCUGGCUUUCGCGGUCCCGUUCAAAGCCACGGCGUUCUCUCACGAAGACUGGACUCUGGGCUUAGUGGUGUGCAAAACGUGCGACUGGUUCGUGCAUUCCUGUAUGGCAGCGAAGAGCAUCACGGUGGCCAUCAUGGCGAAGGCUUGCUAUAGGUACGUGAGCAAUCCGACCAAGCAAGUCACAAUCCGCUUCAAGACCAUCGUGGUGGUGCUGCUCUUCACCUGGCUUGUCUCGUGCGUCCUCCCGCUGCCCCACUUUCUCUUCACGUCGCUGCAGGAGGAAGACGAGGGAGUGCUGUGCGUGUUGGAGGUGCCACUGGAAGCGCGCGAGUUCAUGUCCUUUUACGUGAAGGCGUACCCUCUGGUGGCGUUUUGCGCGCCGCUGAGCUUCGCGCUGCUGUACUUCUGGCGUGCGUACGGCCGAUGCCAACGCCGCUGCAGCAAAACACAGAACCUCCGCGCACAGAUCCGCUCCCGCAAGCUCACCCUGAUGCUGUUCGGCUUGACCGUGGCUAUGGCGAGCAUGUGGCUGCCGCACUGGGUGGCCUGGGUGUGGAUGAGGCACGCAGCGGAAAGUGACGGCCCCGUGCCCCCCGUGCUCUUCGCCGUGGCCGCGCAGAUCGUCAUGUUCGCCAUCUCGCUUGCCAACCCGCUUAUAGUGCUUGCCCUGUCCGAGGAGUUCCGCGAGGGCUACAAGGGCCUGUGGAGGCGCCUCACCCUGCGCAAACACGCUCCUAAGCAGCAACCCAAACCCGGGCCGCACGCGCCCACUGCACCCAGGUCACCCACCCCGCGACCCGAGGCUUCCGCCCACUUUCCCUCAAGAAACAUCGAGGAGUCUCUAACUGAUAAUCAGCCGCAGCAGCAGAAAGAGGAAAGUCCCGAAAACGGCAGUAAAGAUGGCGUGCUGCCACCUGACGUGGAGCAGUUCUGGAACGAGCGUGAGAGUGGCUCCCAAACUCAAGAGCACGACCCCAUACCCUGGGAGCACCAGGACCCCAAAGAGGGCAAGCAGUAGCCUAGGACACUACUUGAGAAGCUACACACACUCAUACACACCCUUCUCAUAUUCACAACAGAAGCUCAACAGCUACAACCAAGUGACCUCACAUGAACUUCAAACCCAGACCGAAACACAGAAUUGGACUUCCAGCACACUACACACGGUCAAGUCAGUAUUUAAUACAGAGCAUUUAUGUCCAUUAAAAAAGAUAAUGGCACCACCAGCAAAAGCUUUUUGUUGAUAUAAGAAUUCCUUUAAUGCUUAAACAAACUUCUCACUAGUGAGACAUGAAGAUCAACCAAAAAAAAAACAUCCUGCCAAGACAUUUCCUGGAAUUUAUUCAUUAAUAUUGCAUUAUUAACUGUGGUAAAAAUAACUUCAGAAUGGUUCGGAUGGUUCGCCGAGUGCUUCUGUAGAGAAAUGUUCCAUGUAUUCUUUUGUGAUCCAGAUGUGCAUACUUUAUGUAGAGAAAGUAUGCUCUACAUUUACAUGCUUCAUGUUUACUUGCUUGGUGUUAAGCUGUAAAUAUUAUUUAUCGAAUGGAAUGUGCGUUUAGCAAACAGUGUGACUGUUUCCACAAAUAGAUCUAUUACUCCUGUAAAAUUUAAAAGGAAACGAUUUGUACUUGUAUUUGCACAAAAAUAAAUGAUGUUCCAGAUAAAUGCUAUCGCAUGGCCUGUAUUUCACAUCAGCAUCCCAUUUUACAUGAAGAAACCUCAUGUAUAAAUUGAAGAAUAUUUUAACAAGAAUAAAGAAAUCAUUGGAAUAUGUAAAAAAAGUAGGUCACCUUUAUUCCAGUCAACUUGUACAGAAACACUGAAGCUACAAAAAGUCAUUUUUUUUUUU